ACGAUCACUUUAGUUUCAACAUUAAAUUCGGUGACAAUCAUCAUGUCAAUUAGAAAAAUUGUGUUUGUCUAUCUCGCAAUAGCAUGUGCGAGUUGCUUAAGUGACACGCUGAAGCGGUCCCUGAUUUUGGACAAUAAUGGAAAAUUUUCGGCUGAAUGGGAAGUGGAUUUAGACACCGAAAUUAUUGUGUUUAGUGUAGAUGUAGAGACGACCGGUUAUGUGGGAUUUGGUAUAUCAAUGAAUCCGAGUAUGGCAGGAGCGGAUAUUGUUAUUGGUGGUGUCAGGAAUGGUCAAGCGUACUUCGAUGACUAUCAUGCGCCUGCGAAUGGUUUUCCUAGCCGUGAUGUAUCCCAAGAUUGGGAAUUAAUUAGUGCAACUGAAUCCGAUGGUCGUACCCAAUUGAAAUUCUCAAGGAAGUUGAAUACAUGUGAUGAAGUUGGAGAUGUACCAAUAACAGACGAUACACAAUAUAUUAUUUGGGCUAUUGGUGACACAGACGACGUAGGCUAUCACGGUGCAGAUCCCAAUAAAAGAGGACCAAGAAUAAAUAACUUACUAGAUGCUCCCUCACCAGCCGCUGACUUAACACAGUACGACAUUUUCCAGAUCAGACGAAAUCACAACCUUUUACCACAGGAUACUUCAUACUGGUGCACAGUUCACAGAGCACCGGAUUUCAAUGGAACUAAGCACCAUGUAGUUGCGUUUAAUGUUACGCUUACAUCUGAGUUGUCAAUCAAGCAUACACAUCACCUCGUCCUUUAUAGUUGUGUUCCGCCAGAUGGUCAAACGACCGAAUACUUCGAACAAUUUUUGGGUCAUCCUGGUGGCGAAUGCUUUGAGCAAAAUCCAGUCAUUCCAGCACCAUAUUGCAAAUCUGUUCUCUACAUAUGGGCAGUUGGCGGAGAAAUGCUUGUAUUGCCUGAAAUGACGGGCUAUCCCAUUGGUGAUACCGGUCGUCAGGAAUAUUUGAUGUUCGAAGUUCAUAUUGACAAUCCUGGACUGGAGACGGGAAAUUUCGAAACGGGAAUCGAUUUGUUCUAUACAAGCAAUUUGAGAGAAGUGGAUGCCGCUGUAUUCGGCAUUGCACAUGAAGUGAAUCACCUACAAAUCGUGCCACCGAGAACCGAUGACUUCAUUAAUAUUGGACACUGUUCGGCGGAAUGCACUAGAGCGCUUAUUCCCGAAGAAGGAAUGAAUCUUAUCAACGUUAUGUUCCAUGCUCACAAGGCUGGCAAGAGAAUGAAAACGAGAAUCAUUCGGGAUGGGGUUGAGUUGCCUUGGUUAGCCGUUGAUAUGCAUUACAAUUUCGAUUAUCAAGCAAACAGGCCCUUCCAGGAGUAUCGAAGAAUAUUCCCGGGAGAUCACAUUAUUACCGAAUGCACUUAUGACACGACAUCCAGACCAAACGUUACAAUUGGUGGACACCCAUCAAUGUAUGAAAUGUGUCAAACCUGGUUCUGGCAUUAUCCAAAGGGGAUUAUCUAUUGUGAUUCAUCAGCUCAGCCCGAUUUGAAUGAAUUAUUCGGAAUCGAGGAAUACGAGCCAUCGCGGUUCGAUGAUGAACCAAUUCUGACGAAACCAGAGUCAAUUGCUGGAAGGAGAUUUUCCGAUCAUUUGAACACUUGUGACUGGACGGACGAUUUGAAGAAUCGACUUCAGCAGCAAUUGAGAUAUGGGGAUCAUACAACUAGAUGCGUUGGCGCUCUCAGACCGGUAGUGUAUCCGGAAAUAAGACAAGAGUAUGUUGAAGAGAAUGUUUGUGAAAAUGACGACGACGACGACGAUGAUGAUGAUGAUGAUGAUGACAACGACAACGACGAUGAUGACGAUAGCGGCUCCAAUAGCAUCAAUACAAAAUUCACUCUGAUGCUUGUGUUUUCUGCGCUAGUCACACUCUUUGUUACAAAGUUGAACCAUUUCUAAAUGUUGUGCUUUUAAAGGCAUAGGAAAUUGAGUCUACUUAAUUUUUCAACCUUGUUGCUAGAGUGGUUUUUGCCUCACUUACCUGUUAAUAAUUUUUAUUAAAGAAAAAUCAAAAU